CCCUAACUUUGGGCAUCGUUUGUGUUCCCUUCGCAGUGGCAUAGCGGUUAUCGAUGGCGGGGACGGGUAAGCACUUCGCCGUUGCAAGAUCCACGUCCUCCGUCGUCGCCUUCCUCUCUCUGCUCGCCCUCUUCUCCGCGUUCCUCCUCUUUUAUUACGUGAGGUACUCUUCUUCGUCGAGAUGCCUCUUGAUCUCUGACUCUCUGGAUGCUCCUCUUCACCUCUCCAAAGGAGGCCCUGACCCUAUCCCGCCUGCCGAGUACUCCUUCCUCGCCUCGCUCGAGAAGUUCCUAGCCACGCGUGCAACCCCUUCCGGAUCCCCGGGCGUUGCUGCCGCUAGUGAGGGCGAUGCUCCCUCCGCCGCCGUCAAGGCGCUCGACGACUCGAUCUGGAAGGAAGAGGCGGAGAGGCUCUACGGAGAACCAAUGGAUCCGUGGUCAUCUCCCUCGGUGGUACGGGUCUAUGUCUACGAGAUGCCGCCUAAAUUUACCUACGAUCUGCUGUGGCUCUUCAGGAACACGUAUAGAGAGACUUGGAAUCUGACCUCCAAUGGCAGCCCUGUGCACCGGCUGAUCGAGCAGCAUUCUGUGGAUUACUGGAUCUGGGCAGAUUUGAUUGCACCAGAGUCUGAGAGGCUUCUGAAGAAUGUCAUUAGGGUUCAUAGGCAAGAGGAGGCAGACUUGUUCUACAUCCCAAUUUUCACAACAAUUAGCUAUUUCUUGGUUGAGAGACAGCAAUGCAAGGCACUUUACAGGGAAGCUCUAAAGUGGGUGACUGAUCAGCCAGCCUGGCGACGAUCUGGAGGAAGAGAUCAUAUACUUCCAGUCCAUCAUCCUUGGUCCUUUAAAUCUGUUCGCCGAUUUAUGAAAAAAGCAAUUUGGCUUCUUCCAGAUAUGGAUUCCACUGGAAAUUGGUACAAACCAGGGGAUGUCUGGCUGGAAAAAGACCUUAUUCUUCCUUAUGUUCCUAAUGUUGAUUUUUGUGAUGCACAAUGCUUACAUGAUUCUCAGUCAAAAAGAAGCACAUUGUUAUUCUUUCGUGGAAGGCUGAAGAGAAACGCUGGAGGUAAAAUUCGUAGUAAACUUGCAGCAGCACUACAUAAUAGUGAGAAUGUUGUUAUGGUAGAGGGAAGUGCUGGUGAAACUGGAAAGGCAACAGCUCAGGCUGGGAUGCGCAAGUCGCUCUUUUGCUUGAGCCCAGCUGGUGAUACGCCUUCUUCAGCUAGGUUGUUUGAUGCAAUAGUUAGUGGUUGUAUUCCAGUCAUUGUCAGUGAUGAAUUGGAGCUUCCAUUUGAAGGAAUACUUGAUUAUCGUAAGAUAGCACUUUUUGUCUCUUCUAACGAUGCUGUACAACCGGGAUGGCUCGUCAAUUUCCUUAUGAAUGUGGAUUCUAAGCAAAUUAUCGAAAUGCAAAAUAACCUCGCUAAGUACUCGAGGCAUUUCUUAUUUUCGAGUCCAGCUCAGCCUCUCGGCGCCGAGGACUUGGCAUGGAGAAUGAUUGCUGGCAAGUUGGUAAACAUCAAGCUGCAUAUGAGGAGGUCACAACGCGUGGUAGAAGGUUCAAGAAAUUUGUGCACCUGUGAAUGCAGAACAGGAAACAUCACCAGGGUACCGUGAAUGCUUCUUCUUCUUCUUUUGUUAUUAUCUUAUUAGCUGUAUAGAAAAUUCUUCUACUACGGCAUGUGGACGCUCAUCUUGUAAUUGCGAUGACAACUUCUUGCUAUCCUUUUGUUGCCUAAACAAGUUCGCAAGUAUUUCACGUUGCCCAUUUAUUCCUGUCACUCUCACAUUUUAUUUGACCAAUUGAAGCUAAACAAGUUCAUUUAGCUA